ACACAUGGUGAUACUUUUGGGAGAUAUAAUUGUGUUUAGGGAUGCGUAUGAACAGUAAACAGUAUUUUCCUAUUGAAUUUCCCCUGGCAGACAGUGCACACGGUGUCACGGUGUGGUAAACGCGGGUGUUUGCGGUGCAGGGUGUGAUAAAAGCCACCCGGAGCGGGUUCCGGGCGUGUUGUGAGCAUGCCAAUUAACUCUUGACUUAUUCAUGUUCCCGUGCGCGGGCAGGGACUCACAAGCUAGCCGAUAGCCAGCUAGCAAUUUAUAACAAAAUUAUUGUUUUUUUCACCAGCCGGGAUGAUGGCAAAGCUGCCGAACGACUGUGCGUGUAAACCAACAGCAUUUCGGGGGCAGUUUUGAAUACUACAGGGAAGUUUCGCCCAUUCAGUGAGCUACAAAUCCAAUAUUUUUCGGCCCCCGGAGCCACAGAUCUCGAACAAGAGAGCAUCCGAGAGCUGUCUGCGGAUGUGAAGAAGGGACGUAUUUUCGGGCCUAGCUACCUAAGACGAGCUAGCAUUUUAUGGAGAAAUUUCCAGCGGCUUCAAAUAACCCUUUAAUGGACACUCAAUGUACGUAUAAUACCGCCUUCCACAUCACUGGUGCGGCGCAUUAAGCUAGUAACACGGCUGCUUCGCUAAUAUUUUCCCAGCGGCUAGCAUGCUAACCUUAGCUAUUUUCUACGUUAGCAAGUAGCCGUGCUAGCCAGCUAGCUCAUCCUGCUCUCAGUGAUCUCUUCUUGCCUGUAGAUGAAUAUGAUGCGCAGACGCUGACUUCCAGUGUUCACCGCAAAUCGUUGAACAUUUGUGAUUCUGCUUUGAAAGGGGUGGAACUACUGAACAAGUGUGAUGCUGAUUAAAAUGUACCAGUUAGUCGCCAGUGGGGAUGGGAUGCUAACCAGUGCUGACAUGCUAUGUUUUUGUGCGUUGACGGAUGUUGGAGAGAUUCAAAUAAGGCACUGUGCACAACAGAUCGUUUUACAAAAUAAAGUGUCGUUUUUUGGGACGCUUACAGAAGUGUCAACAAUCCCUGUCCAUUGGAAAGGCGUCCAGAUCUUUCCGAUCCUCAUGUACAUGACUUCAAGGCAGCUGGUUGAUUACUGUGUCUGAUGUAAAUGAGACUUUGAUUACUGGACCUGAUGUUUCACAUGCAGUUUGACUCUGAGAUGGUUUAGGAACGCUUGUUAAAGUGCCUGCUUUUGGGACAGUUUUAUUACCCAAACAUUUAACACAAUCUGGCAUGCAGCUGCUUGAAAUCAUGUAAUGAAGCAACUAUGUCUCUGACCAAGUAAGUUUCAUGGCUCUUGUUCUGCUGAAUUCCCACAAAAACAAGUCUAAGCAGGCUGUAAAAGUAGGAGGAAAUAGCAGAUGUAGCAAGAUAAAUCUCAGAAAUGUGAACCAUGCUUUGCUACCCAAAUAUCUCUGUGGCCAGUGGUUUGUCUUUUUGGCUCAGGAGAUGUUGGAAGUGUCACCUAACGCUGGAACGCCCCGGUUCAAAACCUCAGUAGUUUUCAUGAUUUAUUAUUGAGUGACAUUUGAUAUUGACAAUGAUUUGUUAUCGGACAGUGACUGUUUCGCUUUCUUUUUUCCUCUUUUCCCCCCAUACAGAAGACUGAGAACAGAAGUGAAUGUUGUGGAUUUUCCUCAACCUCCCCAUGCACCUCUGAUCUCUAAACAGCCGUCGUCCAUCGCAUCGCUGUUCAGUCAUAAAAUCCUCCGUCACGGCCCCCUCAACAAGCACCAUUGCCAGUUCUUCAGUGCCACUUAUUGAAAUGGAUUGGGCCACACCAGCUGCCAAACUGAACCCCUACACCCGAGCCCGCAUGACGGAGGCCUGGCAGCAACAUGCUGUCGCUCCCCCUCCGGUCGUCCACACCAUCCCUCCGGGCACUGAGAACGCGCUGGGCUGUGCCGUGUACGGCAUCGUCUUGCAGCCGGACCCUCCGUCUCUACAGCAGCAGCAGCAGACCCAGCAUGGCCAGCACAGCCAGCAACAUGGUGGAGGUCAGCAGCAUGGAGGAGGGCAGCACAGUCAGCAGCAGCACCCUGCUCAGGCUCAGCAGCCCUCCCUACAGGUAGGAACCGAGGGAGGGCACAAGUGUGGGGCUUGUGGGCACGAUAUUUCCCACCUGGCCAACCCACACGAGCACCAGUGCAUGGUCAGUCAGGACAGAUCAUUCCAGUGCACUCAGUGCAUGAAGAUCUUCCAUCAGGCAACUGACCUGCUAGAGCACCAGUGUGUUCAAGUGGAGCAGAAGCCUUUUGUGUGUGGGGUGUGUAAGAUGGGCUUCUCCUUGCUCACAUCUCUUGCCCAGCACCACACCUCCCAUAACAGCACCAACCCGAUGAAGUGCUCGAUCUGUGAGAAGACCUACAGACCUGGUUCCUCUGGCAACGUCACGCCUACUUCGUCAGCAACCAACCCCCAGCAGUCUAACAGCGACGGGGCAUCAGCCAGCAGCAGCUCUUCCACUCUGCCCUUCCCUUCAGCCCGAGACAGGCCUUACAAAUGCUCUGUCUGCCAGAAGGGCUUCAAGCACCUGUCAGAGCUCACCCGCCAUGAGAGAGUGCACACGGGAGAGAAGCCCUUCAAGUGUGACACAUGUGACAAGGCCUUCAGCCAGUCGUCUCAUCUAGCGCACCACCAGCGGACACACAGCAACGAACGGCCUUUUAAGUGUGCUGUGUGUGAGAAGAGCUUCAAGCACCGGUCCCACCUAGUUCGUCACAUGUACGCCCAUUCCGGGGAGCACUUGUUCAAAUGCAACUUAUGCGAGCUGCACUUCAAAGAAUCCUCUGAGCUCCUACACCAUCCCUGCCAUCCGCAGGGUGCCCGGCCCUUUCGCUGUGCCACUUGCGGAAAAGGUUUCAAACGCCCAUCUGAUCUACGCCAGCAUGAGCGCACACACUCAGAGGAGCGUCCGUUCCAUUGUGACGAGUGCCAGAUGAGCUUCAAACAGCAGUAUGCGCUGGUGCGCCACCGACGUACGCAUAAGGACCCUACCGACCGGCCGUUUAAAUGCAAUCUCUGUGACAAAGGCUUCAUGCAGCCCUCUCACCUGCUUUACCAUCAGCACGUCCACGGCAUGGACAACCUGUUCAAGUGCGCCUCGUGCCAAAAGGAGUUCAGUCAGUCAGGAGAGCUGCUCAGACACAAGUGUGGCGAGUCGUCCAACAGCUCGCCCGACAAGCCGUACAAGUGUGAUGUGUGUGGGAAAGGCUACAAGAAGAGCUCCACGCUGCAGCGUCACCAGAACUCCCACUGCCAAGAGAAGCCCCUGAAGUGCUCGCUCUGCGACCGGCGAUUUCUCUCCUCAUCAGAAUUCGUCCAGCACCGCUGUGAUCCAUCGCGCGAGAAGCCACUUAAGUGCCCUGACUGUGAGAAACGUUUUAAGUACUCGUCAGACCUGAACCGCCACCGGCGCGUGCACACGGGGGAGAAGCCCUACAAGUGUGCCAACUGCAACAAGGGCUUCAAACAGCGGGAGCACCUGCACAAGCACCAGAGCACCCACUCCAGAGAGGGCCAGUUCAAGUGUGUGUGGUGUGGCGAGCGUUUCAGCGACUUGGGCUCCUUGCAGGACCACACCGUGCAGCACACAGCUGAGGGAGGGGGCUACCCUGUGCCCCCCUGCAUAUAAUGUCCACCAGUGAAUUCCUUCUGCUUUGUUCGGAGACAGGCCUGAACUGACCCAGUGCACUCAACACACUGUCCCUCUGAACCUCUUGUCCUCCUGUCUAUCCUUUGCAGGCUAUUCACUCAGCCUAACUUUUUCCACAUUCACAGGACAGUCCUGGCUAUUGUUAGUCCAUUCACUCCCAGCAGUCCUGCAUCAGGUCCUGCUUGUUUUACUAACCCACUUGAAACCUAACAGUCCCCCCUCCCUGGCCUUCCUUAAUCUUGAGGCAGCUUUCCCUCCUCCCUGCCCGCAUUUUCCCUCUUCUUCCAUCUUUUCAAGCCUGUCCCCCCCUUUACCUCAGCAUCCACUCUCAGACAGUCGAUGGCAAUGAGAUUUAAUUUAAAUUUAAAGGGGCAGUACUGUCACCAUUCUGUCACCAAUCAUACUCACUGCCAACCAAGUCUGACUGUUAUGCAGACUCGGUUGUCGUGCAGUUUGAUCUAGCCAAUACCUUCAUCCCUCCCUAAACUCCCUCCAGCCGUUCUCAUGGACCAACCAACCCAUCCUGCAAAAAAGCAAAAGAAUUUGAAAUGUCACAUCAGCCUUCAGUCAUUGUCUUAACAAAACCAAUCAUUUUUUGUGUUUUGUAAAUAAAGUUUGGCAGUAAGUUUGUAUAAGGAAAUUGAGUGGAUCAUAGGGGAGCCAACCCAGUCUCCAUCUAAAGUGACCUAGCCAACCAGAGACUGUCCUCACUACUUGGCUAACCGAUGGAGGGGGAUUAUUCUUCUUUCUUUUUCUCUCUCUGUCCUUCUCUGCCCUCUUUUUCUCUCAUGACCCUCCUUUCUUUCAUCCCUCCUUUCUUUUGCUACCUUCCUUUUCUCCUGUUUCCAUCGGUGUCUCCAGUGCUGACGGCCUCUUGCUGUUUAGGAUCAAAGACUGUAGUGUUUGACUAACCCCACUACACGCACAAAACACACGUAUUUCUAUAGUUGGGUGGAGGGUGAUUGAAAACUUUAUUAGGUUUCAUAUCCUUGCAUUAAUACAGAAACAGUGUGCACAUACAGACUCUUUUAGCCUGACACGUCGCGCCCUUCCCUCCCUCUGCCCCUCCCAUACCCCCACCCCCUCUGGAUUUUAGUAUUUUUAUCUUUUUUAUGUAUGAAGUACCCAGUACGCUACUUGGCUUAGAGUUCUUAUGUUUUUAGUAUCACGUGAGGGAAAAGGUUUGGGGGGAGGGGCCGGUGGGGGGUUGUAUUGUGCUAUUGUGAAAUGAUUCCGAUGAUAAAAUGUCUGUGAGUGUACGUGGAUGUUGAUGUGGGCCAUGACAACUGUGGCCGCUCUAGUUUGUACCAAAACACCAUAAGCAGCACCGAAUCCCAAAGGUGUGAAGAUUAACCAACCAGCCGAAGUUAUCAUCAUUCUAAAAAAAAACAAACAAAAAACGUAUGGUUACCAUCAAUCUCACCGUUUAAUAUGGACAUAUAUAGAAAUAUAUAUUUCACACUAAUAUACCUGUCAUAUUCCUGCAGAGGUCAGUGCUGUUAGACUAUGUGUACUGAAAAUGUCUGAUUUCUGCCAUUACACGUCCUCUUUCAGCCUGUACAUAGUACGGAUGUGUGACUUGAGUAUACUUACCAGUUCAGUUUGAAAUGUCAAAAUUUCUCUUUUUAAGAAAACCGUAUCGAUUGACUGUUUUUGUAUUCUUGCUACUUUUUACCAUGUGAGAUGUUUUGACAAAUACUUUCUUGUUGUUUUUUGUAGUCCAUGUAGUGAUUGUAUCGGUAUGUUUCAGGGAAUCUCCAAGAGCACCCUGUGUGUGUAUGUGUGUGCGUGCGUGUGUGUGCGCGCGUGUAUGUGAUGCUCUCCCUUGCUGAGGUGGAGAGACAAGAAUGAACAUGGUAUUCUGUCAAACAGGGAAAUCCAGACUGAAGAGAACUGUACUAGAAAUGUAAACUGUUUUCAACAGAUUUGCGCCUUGUUUUAAUUUUUAUUUUAAAUUUACAAUUUACUAACCUUUUUGGCCUGUUGGAAAGCUGUUUUAGCAAGAUGAGCCUGCCUCUUAUGUCCAGUUAUGUUCUUUUUUUUUUUUUUUAAACAUAAUUAUUGUUAACUGUGUUCUCGCUGUCAUGUCACGUUCAGCGUUUGUGUGUCAGGGUGGGUUUAUACCGAAGCUAAUGACGCCCUCCUUGAUGAAUGCCAUGAGACUGUAGUUACACUCGAUAAUUCUGGGACACACAUCAGUUCACAUGUCGGCCAUGUUGCUCAUUGUUCCCUUUCUGCCCCCCCAUCAUCACCACCACCACCACCAUACCGACCCUGCUGUUGAAUGGUUUAUUUGACUCAUGGUUUGAGUGCAGUAUUGACAAAUAUUUUAUAAAAACCGGAGGGGGCAAAGAGAUUGAAGUAACAUUUGUGAAUCUUUUUUUUUUUUCUUAAGUUUUGGCCUUAAAGUGAGGCCAGGGUGUCUCUCUGCCUCCAUUUUGCAUUGCUCUCCUUUUCCUCCGCCUUCCGCUUUUUGUCCCUGUCCAUCUUUAUCAUCACAACACAAGGUCAGAUGGCUGUUCUCAUCUUCUUUUAGUUGAUUUUUUUUUUUUUUUUAAAUCUGGCAUUGAAUAACCAAGAACAGUUGGAACUUUAAAUGGGAAAAAAGUACUGUAUAUGUUUUUUUUUUAUGUUUCCACAUUUGUGUUUAUAUUAUUUUUUUAAUUAAUAUUCUUUAAAUUGAUAUGAAUAUCUAUAUUCUCAGAGGGAGAGACCAGGGCCUUGGGCUAUGUUGGGGAUAAAGCGAUAGCAGGUAGACUAAUGGACUAGUGGAGUUGAAAUAGAUGAAAUAAACAGUAUUCAUAAACAGUAUUCAUUCAUUCAUCAGAGUAUUCAUCUUCCAUAAUGUAGACAUAGGGUUUUUUUUGGUUUGUUCUUUGUUUUGGUUUGUUUGUUUGUUUUUUUAGGACAGACACAGACAAAAGCUUGAUUUCUAUAUGAAUAACCAAGAUGAAGAAUACUGUUGGGUGGUGGUGUGAAAGGUGGUUAUGUUACUGCGAUGUCAAGAAUGUCAUCAGGACAAACCCCUCCCCUCCUUUAAUAAAAAAAAAAAAAAAAUCAGGAUUUUAGUUAAAGGUUAAUUGGUGUUAGGACAUCACAAGCGAUGCAUAAUAACUAAUAAUUAAAAACCGGGUGCAGGACAGAACCUGACAGAACCUCACAUGCAGUGCGGAAAGCAGCACUGUAUGACAGCAGUUUCAGCAGUAAACCUUAAAAGCCAAAGAUUUGUUCAAGCCCAGCGCGGUGGCACAUCUCCUGGUGUGCUGCACAUGCAGUUUGAACAGUAAACGACCAAUUGGAGGAAUUGGUGAUGCACCUUAAAUCUGAGCGUCCACAUGAGGAAACAUCUCACCCUGAAGGAAAAAAAAAAAUCACCUCUCAUAACCAACAGAUCAAUGUGGGAGGGGUUGAAGGGGAAACGUGUCCCCCCUUUUAAGCACAAAUAAUUAAAUCAG